AACUCUCCUACUACUGCAACAACACUUCCAACUACUGUUUCUUCAACAGAAACAACACAAACAACUGAACCUACAACUGAGAUUACGACAAACUCUCCUACUACUGCAACUACACUUCCCACUACUGUCUCUUCAACAGAAACAACACAAACAACUGAACCUACAACUGUGAUUACGACAAACUCUCCUACCACUGCAACUACACUUCCCACUACUGUCUCUUCCACAGAAACAACACAAACAUCUGAACCUACAACUGAGAUUACGACAAACUCUCCUACUACUGCAACUACACUUCCCACUACUGUUUCUACAACAGAAACAACACAAACAACUGAACCUACAACUGUGGUUACGACAAACUCUCCUACUACUGCAACUACACUUCCCACUACUGUCUCUUCAACAGAAACAACACAAACAUCUGAACCUACAACUGAGAUUACGACAAACUCUCCUACUACUGCAACUACACUUCCCACUACUGUCUCUUCAACAGAAACGACACAAACAAACUCACCUACUACUGCAACUACACUUCCCACUACUGUUUCUACAACAGAAACAACACAAACAACUGAACCUACAACUGUGAUUACGACAAACUCUCCUACUACUUCAACUACACUUCCCACUACUGUCUCUUCAACAGAAACAACACAAACAACUGAACCUACAACUGAGAUUACGACAAACUCUCCUACUACUGCAACUACACUUCCCACUACUGUCUCUUCAACAGAAACAACACAAACAACUGAACCUACAACUGUGAUUACGACAAACUCUCCUACCACUGCAACUACACUUCCCACUACUGUUUCUUCAACAGAAACGACACAAACAACUGAACCUACAACUGAGAUUACGACAAACUCUCCUACUACUGCAACUACACUUCCCACUACUGUUUCUACAACAGAAACAACACAAACAACUGAACCUACAACUGAGAUUACGACAAACUCUCCUACUACUGCAACUACACUUCCCACUACUGUUUCUACAACAGAAACAACACAAACAUCUGAACCUACAACUGAGAUUACGACAAACUCUCCUACUACUGCAACUACACUUCCCACUACUGUUUCUACAACAGAAACAACACAAACAACUGAACCUACAACUGAGAUUACGACAAACUCUCCUACUACUGCAACUACACUUCCCACUACUGUUUCUACAACAGAAACAACACAAACAACUGAACCUACAACUGUGGUUACAACAAACUCUCCUACUACUGCAACAACACUUCCAACUACUGUUUCUACAACAGAA